AUGCAGAUGAAACUGGGUUAUACUGGAAGAGAAUGUGGACGAAAUCCCUUGUCUCUAAAAAAGAAAUGGCAGCGCCUGGAUUCAAAGCAAGCAAAUCCCGAACAACAGCCAUGUCUUUCAACCUAUGGAAAAGGGGUGAUCGAAGCCUUCAAACGUUACUACGCGUUGCUUCGUAGUGUCCUUAUCGGCCAAGAAAAAGAUGAGACAAUUCUUGAAAUCUACAAAGGUAUUAACUUGAAAAAUGCUGUUUACAUGGCAGCAGAAGCGUGGACUAAUGUCAAAGCGACUACUCUAAAGAAAUCCUGGAAUAAGCUUUGUCCAGCAGUUGAAUCCGAAGCUAGCCUUACAUCGGAAGAGCCAACAAAUGAAAACUUUGUUUCAGAAAUGGUUGAGUUGAUGAAAGAGGUUCCAGGAUUUGAAGAAUGUGAUCAAGAAAAUGUGCAUGAAUGGCUAAAAUUUGACGAGGAUGAUCCUGGCUACGAAUUGUUGACAGAGGAUGAUAUAGUAGCACAGGUUGAAGUUCCUGAAGAUGACGACGAUUAUGACAAAAUUAGUGAUGACAUCGUCUCAGCUGAAAAAUGUCCGUCCAAUGAAGAAGCCUUUAAAUGCUUUGAGACUGUUAUUAAAUGGUUGGAACACCAAGACGAAUGCGAUUCUGUGCAGUUGCUGUCUUUAAAACGCCUAAGAGAUUUGGCGGCAAAAAGACGAGUCUCAAAACUUAAGCAAACAAAUAUGUUCGACUUUUUUUUAGAUUAG